ACCGUGAGAACCAGGAGGAGUGGAGGGAUAUGCAAACAAAGACAAAGGAGUGAGAGAGGGAGGGAGAGGAAGAGAGAGUUAAAAUGAUCCUCCUCGAACAAAUCCUUUUCAAUCUGGUCAGUGUUCGGGAUGGACUAACCAGCUUGGGACUCUGUAGCUUGUGACCAGAUGAGAUGGAUGGAUAGAAGACGGCUGGACACGGAUUCGUUUGGCUGCCGAUCACAAGAGGCCCGCUGUGCCAAAAGGGAUCACCGGGAUGUGGACACCUCGACAGCUAUUUGUCCCGUUAUGGAGCCAACGUGCAUUGUUUGAUACAGCGACACGGCGAUGAAGCACUAACAGCUUUAGCAGAGAGACAAGGUCCUGUGUGCUGUAAUACUUCUCUAAGAAAUUGACCCUGUUGUACAGGGGAUUUGGGGAUUUUUUUUGCCAUGUGUCAAAUCAGCUUGCCAGCCGCCCCACGUGACAGACUCCCUUGACAGGAGGGCAGCGAGACGUCGACCAAAGAUGGCCGACAACGCCAUCCCACCCCUGAUGCUUUUGUCUACAGGGCAAACGCGUUGGGGUGGAGUACUUCCAGGUUUCAUCCUACCCUCUUUCCCUAUUUUUUCUCUACUCCUCUAUACUCUCAUAUCUUCCUCAACGGCUGCUGUUAGUUUGCCGGGAUUAGACUAUGACUAUGGAGCCCAGCCCAAGUUUGUUUGCACCCCAAUUCCAGCGGACGCAGACCCCAGCUGCUUCACACCAGGCGGGUCAGCACACGGACCUGUCCACGACAGACCCAGCAGUAAUGGGCAUCAUGGACCUGCUGCAGGGGCGCCCAAUGGUAACGGCAGGAGGCCGAUGGGAAUGGGGAUGGGGAUAGGAAUAUCAGACGAGGCCAAAUCCACCAUCCUGCACCUUCGCGAGAGCCUGGUGCGGCAAAAGGAGACCAUCUUAGACCAACGGGAGACGAUCAGGGAACUGACUGCCAAGCUGACCCUCUGUGAGGGCUUUGGCCGGGGAGUGGGUCAUCACGAUGACCAUCACGACGACCACCAUGGAAACGCGCGUCACAACUCCCAUCACCCGAGCUCGCAUCACUCCUACCAUGACACUGACCACCACGGGGACCCACACUACCCACUGAACAAUGGGCACCGAUCAGACCCACACCACAGAGGGAAGGAUAACUCUGGGAGCAAGCAUGGGGCCUUCUCCCCUGAGCAGACUAGGAAAACGCUACAGACACUCAAGGAGAGGCUGGAGAACUUGCAGGCCAGGAAUUCCUCCAGCUCCUAUUCAAGCUCACUGAGAGACCUCCUGCAACGUAAAAUCAAUGCACUUGAGAAGCAGCUCAACAAUCACUACGGUGGGCAUCAUGAUUAUGGUCACCAUGACGACCACCACGAUGACCACCAUGACGACCACCACGAUGACCAUCCGGACGACCACCACGACGACCACCAUGAACCUAGUCACCGCGAUGACCACCACGAUGAUCAUCACGAUGACCAACAUGGACCGGGUCACCACGACGACCACCAUGAUGACUAUCACGACACCCACACCCCCACCCCCACCCGCUACAACAACCGCCCCAACAACCGUCAAAACAGUCACCAUGAUGACCAUCACUAUGACCGACACUAUGACCGCCAUUAUGAUCGUAGCCACGGCCGCCAUGACACACACCAUAACGACCACCAUGACGAUCACCAUGACGACCAUCCUGAUGAUCAUCACGACGACCACCACGAUGAUCUUCACGAUGACCACCGUGAAAACGGUGAUGACCACCAAGGCAAUGACGACCAUGGCCAUCGUCCUCGUCCAGCCUAUAACAGCAAGCCACCACCUCCAUUACCUCUUGGCCGUGGACACAACAAGCUGGAAACUGUGCUGAGCCACCUUAACCACAGGAACUCUAACCCUGGUACCCGGAAAAAGCCAAAGAGUCCGGAUGCUUUCCAGAUUGGCUUCCCUAUGCGCACUAACUACAUGUAUGGAAGGAUAAAAAAGACCCUACUCAUUGAAAUCUUCACCCUCACUGUCUGCCUCUGGAUAAAAGGGGGAUCAGGGCCAGGCCUCGGCACGCCCUUCUCCUACUCUGUCCCGGGACAGGCCAACGAACUGGUUCUGAUCGAAUGGGGCAACAAUCCCAUGGAACUACUGGUUAACGACAAUGCAGUGACGUUGCCCAUGGCUAUGACGGAUGGGAAGUGGCACCACCUGUGCAUGACAUGGUCGUCACACGAUGGGCAUUGGGAGGCCUUCCAGGAUGGCGUCAAAAGGGGGUCUGGAGAGAACCUAUCUGCAUGGCAUCCCAUCAAGCCUGGUGGAGUCUUUAUUCUGGGCCAGGAACAGGAUACCCUAGGUGGCCGAUUUGACGCCACCCAGUCCUUCGUGGGCGAGAUGUCAGACCUCCAGUUGUGGUCCCGCGUUCUCACACCCAAUGAAAUCUAUAGCCAGGCUUCCUGCGGAGGUCACCUGGCGGGUGACCUCAUCUCCUGGACAGAGGCAGUGGUCGAGCUUCACGGCGGGGUCACCAAAUACCCAUUUGACCCCUGCCACUAAGGACUACCCCACCCUGAUGUUAUUUAACGAGCUGUCUGGUGUGGCAGCAGGGCUCUGUGCACUACGCUGCAGACACAUGACAGGCCCUUAGCAACAAACCAGGCUGGCCCUUAGCCAUUCUGCAAUUUUGCCAUCCCUUUCCUCUCUGUUCUGCCUUCCCCCUCGCUGGGCCGAGGAACUGGGAAGACUUUAAAAGAGCAAAGGCUGGAUUUAACUGAAUGGCCAUGACCGCUGCUGCUCCCGGGAUCCAAUACCGGUAAUAGGAUUCCCUGUCUUUAAAUGGGUCCACCCAUGUUUGCCUCGGGCCUUAGUAAAAGCCCUUCAUCAGUCAGGUGUUCAAAGAAUCAUAACAUUUUACUGGGACAUAUUAUGCCGGGAUAUGGUUCUCAAAAUCCUAACACUCCAGAUGUUAUUUGUUCGUCUUUCUGGUUUUUUUUUUGCUGGCGAGCAGGACGAUACCAGUGACUAAAAGGAGACAGAAUGCUCAUAAACCAACCGUGGACAAAAUGGAAUGAACAAACUAAAGGCACUCAAAACAGCCACAUCGAUGGCAAGUGUAUGAGUUGGAAGACAAUGAUUUGAUGAUUGAAUGUGAUGAAUGUGAGGUACUACAUUGUAUUUUUUUGUACAUGAAGAUGGAGGAUCUCAUCUAUGGUUGUAGUUUUUUUUUGGAGGGGGGGGGGUUUAGCCUGUCUCAACUCUACCUUUCACGCAAAAAUGUUAGAGGACUAUUUUAUACUACUGUGUUGUACACACGUGCAACGUUCCAUUUCAUUUUUCAGAUGAAUUUAGCUCUACCAAUAUCAACUGAUCAACACUCACCUGGAUUGUAAUUUCUAUCAGUGUGUCUGAAAUGGCUGCCAGGUUUUAUGAAACACCCGAGUUGAAGUUGUGGAUAUGAGCCCGCAUAAAUACAGGUUAACUGCCUGUCAAGAGGUCCUAAGCUAUUGCUGACAUCUCCAUUGUAAUCUUGUGGUUAUACAGGCAGAUUUACCUGACAAAUAGAGCUUGGAUCUAGAUCCAGACUAUUUCCGUGUUGUCAUAGCAGACACAUGCUCUUAAAUACAUUCACGCAUGAAUGCACAUGCACUCAAAACAAUUCUGUAAUGCUCUAAAAGGCUUCUUUUCAAAGUCAACCUCAUCCAAUGUUGGUUUUUAUUAAUUGGGUCCUGUGUUUUUUAUGCAUGUAAAAUGCGUAUAAAAAUAGGUUUAAAAAAAAUAUAGCCUGUCUUGAAUAUCAACUGUCAAAAUCAUAAACAAAUACAAACCAUU